UGAGGCUUCAAAAUGGCACACACGCGCACACGCACACACACACACAGUGAUGACUGGACGUGUUCAUAUAAAAGAAGAGAAGAAGAAGUCCUCAGAAAACAACCCGAUUCUUCUUCAUCCAACUUCAACAAGUGAAGAAACGUAAAUAUGAUUCAUCUUAAAAAGACAGAGACGAUGACAUGUCACCUGCCCAUGAAGGAAGAAGACGACAGCGUCCUCUGGAUUAAAGAGCCUCAGCCUGUCUCUGUCUCAGGUGUCUCCAGGUUCAGACGUUGGAUGGUUCCUGCUCUGGCAGUGACAGUCACCCUGGUUCUGAUCAUAACACUGGGAGCUACCAAUGUGAAGACGUCAAAUCGUCUGUGGUCUGUGGAGAAGAGAGUUUCCAACCUGAGCAACGUUAUUGAGUCAUUUCGUGCCUCACUGCAGAACGCUCAAGAAACUGCUAAAGAAGUUCAGCUGCUGCAUUCUACUGUGGAGGACCAGCUGACCUCAGUGUCGGAGGCGUUGAAGCAGCUGUCGGUCAUUGACUCUCUGAGCAGGAGUCUUACUUCGAUCAAAUGUUCCCUCGAACAAAUCAUCAACAACAGCUCAGGGUUGGACGGUUGUUGUCCUCUGGAUUGGAAAUUCUCUGGCUUUAGUUGUUAUUUCUUCAGCCGUUCCCGUUUGUCCUGGAAUGAGUCCAGAGUCUGGUGUGAGGAACAUGAAUCUCACCUGGUCAUCCUCUCCUCUGACAGGGACUGGGACUUCGUGAACCGUCACACAGUGCCUGCAACAUUCUGGGUGGGUCUGAGUGAUUGGAGAACUGGUACGUGGGAGUGGGUGGACCAGACUCCGUACUCCAUGGAACGCAGACGGUGGGGACUCGGUCAGCCUGACAACUGGACCGAUCACGGCCUCGGGCCCGGAGAAGAAGACUGUGCUCAGCUUUACAUUGACGGCCUGCUCAACGACCUGCACUGCUCCCAACAGCUGCGGUACAUCUGCCAAAAGCUCAGCGGUUACCCCUGAGCAAACCGCCCGGCUCCGCCCGGCUCCGCCCACACGCGGAAUUAAAUUAUCUGAAGUAGAAAACAGUGACGAGCUGCUGUCAGAACCAAAUAUAAACCAGAACCAAAUAUGUCUGACGUUAUAAUAAACAGUUUGGAAAAGAA